CGCGCGGCCCCUGACGCCGGCCGAGGAGCCGCGCCGCUGCGGCUGCGGGCGGCGACGGCUGCACCAUGGGUUGGCUGCUGCGGGCCGCCCGGCUGCCGCCUCUGCUGCCGCCGUUGCUGCUGCUGCUGGCCGGGGGAGCGUCCCUGGGCACGUGUGCAGCAGGGUCCGAUGAGCCUGGCCCAGAGGGCCUCACCUCCACCUCCUUGAUGGACCUCCUGCCGCCCACGGGUCUGGAGCCUCUGGACUCAGAGGAGCCCAGUGAGGCCAUGGGACUGGGAGCCGGCCUGGGAGCCCCCGGCUCGGGUUUCCCCAGUGAAGAGAGCGAAGAGUCGCGCAUUCUGCAGCCACCACAGUACUUCUGGGAAGAGGAGGAGGCGCUGAACGACUCCAGUCUGGAUCUGGGACCCACUGCAGAUUACGUCUUUCCAGACUUGACUGAGAAAGCGGGUCCAAUAGAAGACACCAGCCAGGGUCAAGAGGUGCCAAGUCUGCCCUCUCCCUUGCCCAAGAUGAACCUGGUGGAGCCACCAUGGCAUAUGGCUCCUGGAGAGGAGGAAGAGGAGGAGGAAGAGGAGGAGGAAGAGGAGGAGGAAGAGAGGGAGAAGGAGGAGAUAGAGAAGGAAGAGGAAGAGGAAGAAGAGGAGCUCCUGCCUGUGAACAGAUCCCAAGAAGAAGCCCAUACUCAGGUCCACAGCUUUUCUCCCACCAGCAGCAGCCAGAUGCCAGGGGCUGCCAAACACAGGCAUGAAGAAUCUGGGGACCAGGCCUCCUCAGGUGUGGAGGUGGGGAGCAGCAUGGAGCCCAGCCUGUCACCGCCUACAGUCACCCCAAGUACAGUGACCCUGGGGGGUCAGGACUUCAUCAGCCAGGAGGCAGGGGGCACAAUGCUGCCAGCUGAGGGGCAUGGGCUAGAGUUUGAGGCCCCUCAGGAAGCAAGCGAGGAGGCCACUGUGGGAGCAGUGGGGCUGGCUGGGAAGCAAGGGGAGGCGCCGUCCUUGGCAUCAUUCCCCCAAACAGAAGCUCCCAGUGGGGCUGAGAGCCCAGAUGAAGAUCCCCUUUACCCUGGAGCCUCAGCAUCUUUCCCCCUGGCCCCCCGAGAUGUGGAACUGACCCCUUCCUCUGCUACUUUGGGGCAAGAAGACCUUAGCCAGCAGCCCCAGGAAGGACAGGCCGCCGAAGCCCAGUCCAGAAUACCCUGGGAUUCUACUCAGGUGAUCUGCAAAGACUGGAGCAAUCUGGCUGGGAAGAACUACAUCAUUCUGAACAUGACGGAGAACAUAGACUGUGAAGUGUUCCGGCAGCACCGAGGGCUGCAGCUCCUGGCCCUGGUGGAGGAGGUGCUGCCCCGCCAUGGCAGUGGCCGCCACGGGGACUGGCACAUCUCCCUGAGCAAGCCCAGUGAGAAGGAGCAGCAUCUUCUGAUGACCUUGGUGGGCGAGCAGGGGGUGGUGCCCACUCAAGAUGUCCUUUCCAUGCUGGGUGACAUCCGCAGGAAUCUGGUGGAGAUUGGCAUCCAGAACUACUCCACUACAAGCAGCUGCCAGGCACGGGCCAGCCAGGUGCGCAGUGACUAUGGGACGCUCUUUGUGGUGCUGGUGGUCAUCGGUGCCAUCUGUGUCAUCAUCAUCGUGCUGGGCCUGCUCUAUAACUGCUGGCAGCGCCGGCUGCCCAAGCUCAAACAUGUGUCACACGGCGAGGAGCUGCGCUUCGUAGAGAACGGCUGCCACGACAACCCCACGCUGGACGUGGCCAGCGACAGCCAGUCGGAGAUGCAGGAGAAGCAGCCCAGCCUGAACGGCGGUGGGGCCGUCAACGGCCCGGGGGGCUGGAGCGCGCUCAUGGGAGGCAAGCGGGACCCCGAGGACUCGGACGUGUUCGAGGAGGACACGCACCUGUGAGGGAGCCCGCCCGCCGACAGCUCUGGCCCGCUGUGACCCCGCGACCGUGCCAUCGCCCAGUUGGGGCUGCGCCGGGACGAGCCGGGCGGACCCGGAGCGGUCAGCCGCGCCUCCCCUCCCCUCCCGGUCCCGGCCGCUCUCCCGCAGCCCGGCCCUCGGUGCGGGGUCCUCCCGCUUCCCACCGACUCACGGAACAGUCUCGGCACAGCCCUCCCCACUCCCACCUGACGCCCCAAGGGGCCGGUUCCGGAACGGCCCCGCUUCCCCGGCCGCGCCCCGGGGCCCCCAUUAAACCCGCCCGGAGACCACGCCGGGCCCAGCCA